CUUGCUCUAAUGACUCAAGAAGAUAAACAAGCUUUGCUUCCUGCAAAUACACUAGAAGCUUCUGUAAAUGUCAAUGGAAACAACCCAUUGCAGAGAAGAAGAAAUUCCCACAAGUUCAAUCCUCCUAACUCAAACAAUUCUCAUUUUCUUGCUAAUGAAGAAAAUCCCACUACAUCACCUCUUCUUCUCCCCACUGAAAACCAAACAAUCACCAAAAAAAGUUUCAACUUCAAGAAAGUUUUCAUGCUGUUAGGUGCUUACCUAGGUGUUGGAACUCUUUGUUUCUUCCUUAUCAGGAAUCAAAUAGAAGGAAAAAAGACGAAUGGCUUCGUAGAUUCCCUAUACUUCUGUGUUGUAACAAUGACUACAGUUGGGUAUGGAGACCUGGUUCCUCAUAGAGUGUAUGCCAAGCUAUUAGCCUGCACGUAUGUCUUCGUGGGUAUGGCUUUCGGAGGACUAUUUCUCAGCAAAGCAGCUGAUAAGAUCGUGGAGAAUCAAGAGAUUCUCUUGGUUAAAGCCUUUCACUUGAAUGAACAAUGUGUAGAUGGAUUUGAGACAGUACACAAACAUAAUAAACAUAAGUUCCUUGUGGUUUUGCUUGCACUUGUUGUGCUUAUGGUUUUAGGAACUUUGUUUUUGUAUCUUGUCGAAAACCUGGGAUUCGUUAAUGCAAUUUACUGUGUUUGCUGCACAAUCACUACUUUAGGCUACGGAGACGAGAGUUUCUCAACAGAAAGAGGAAGAAUUUUCGCGGUUUUCUGGAUUCUCAGCAGCACCAUUUGCUUAGCUCAAAGCUUUCUUUACCUAGCUGAACUAUAUACUGAAAGAAGGCAAAGGAAACUUGUUCAAUGGGUUAUGUCAAGAAAGUUUACAUGGUCAGAUCUGGAGGCUGCAGAUCUUGAUCAUGACAAAGUAGUCAGUGUUGCGGAAUUUGUCCUAUACAAGUUGAAGGAACUGGGAAAGAUCAGUGAGCAAGAUAUCUUAGUAAUGAUGGAGAGGUUCAAGCUUCUUGAUGUUGAUCAAUCAGGAACUUUGACAGCCGCUGAUGUUGUUGGAUGUAAUUCCACAUCGAUCAAGUAUGAAAAGUUAUAA